CACAUUGUGGAUUGGAAAUUUGGAAUGGAAUGAAUAAAUAAUGAUGGUAUGUGGGCUGGCGACGUGGCGUUGGUGAAUGCCUGAAUGGUGAUGAUUGAUGAUUGAUGAGGACGAGGCCAUGCUGCUGAUAAUGGUGGGUGCAACUUCAAGCAAUGGGGUCUGUCAUGAGGACGAGGUCAUCUGUGAAAGGACAGCCGACAACAGGGAGACAGCAGCCAGACAGGGACAGAGGCCUAACGGGAGGAAGCAUUGCAAAUUGGAAAUUGCAAUGGCGUUGUCGCGCCUCGCGCGCGUUGAUGAAAUUCAGGAUCAGGCCGUCUCAAUUAGCCAAUUCCAAGUGACUGUCAGUAAUUCGGGAUCCGUUUCCCUUACCGUUACCGUACCGAACGGUAAGACGGUAUGCCGGGUGGAGAAGGGUGUCGGCAGCCGGCGACUGUUUUUGCAAUUCCGGUAUUACCGAAACCGGUAAAACGAUAAACGGUAAACCGAUUACCGUACCGUUUAGCAGCCCUAAGGAUCUUAAAACGUUGUGAUUGGUUGAUUUUGUUUUAGGUAGUUAGUAAGGAGUUAUUAGUUAGUGAGGAGUUAUAAGUUGUCAAUGAUACGUUGGGAAUUAUAAAUAAUAUAAAAACUGAAUAAUAAAUUCUACUAAUUUUCAAACCCACGUCCCGUCGGGUUUUCUCCCUCCCAGUGUAACAGGUUUUGUGUUAACCCGUCUCUUCGAGAGCAGUCUCCAGCCGUCUCCGUCGUCGGGAAUCUUUGUCUAUAUUAUCCGGGCGUCCCUUCGUCAGCAAUCUCCGGCCAUCGGCGCCACAACUUCUUGUUCGCCCCAGUUUCAAGUUUGGCCCUCGCUUUGUCCCCAAAAUCCGUUCCGGCCUUGCUUCAGUCUGUCAUCUAUCCCGUUUAGUCUGUCUUCGUUCCCUGAUCUCUCCUAGGCGGUGUUCAAGGUAAUCUUCGUCGCCUUCCAAGGAUCCCGUUCAAUGACGAUGGGCAAUAUCUUUUCCCAAUCUGUUGAAUUAACGCUGAAGAGUUUUAGCUCGACGUUAUUAAUGUUUCUUCAGCGGGUAUUAACGUUUCAAAAAUAUACAUUAUUAACUAGUAACAUGCUCCGUAUUAACCUAUUUUUUUAUAAAUUUUAAUAUUUAACACGGUGUUAUUAAUCUUUUUGUUGGUAGUCGAAAUUGGCUUACUGAUAAAGUUACUUAUGAAUUUCGGUGCACUGGUUCUUUACUUUCAAAGGGCGAUGAUCAAAGUUGUGUUCAAUUUGUAUCAAUAAAUUGAUAAUGACAUUAGUAAAACUGAUAAUAUCAAAACGUCUUUGCCAAUACCAUUGACAAUGAGAAUAGUGUAACUCAUAGGUAUGCAUUCAUAAUAUAUAUACACUCAUUAGUAAUAGUAUAUAAAGGCCAUUAUCAAUAUGUUUAUAUAUUUCCAUUAUUAAUGUACAUGCAUUCAUUAUUAAUAAUAUCAUCUUUAUUAUCAAUUUUACUAAUCCCAUUAUCAAUUAUUUCUUAUAAUUUUCUUAUCCCGCAUUACAAAGAUUGUUAAAACUAAUAAUGUGUGCUGAGGGUUUUUCACUAAUACAGUUUAUGAUCAAUUUACGUCGCCAUGAUUUGUAAUCUUCUGAAGGGCUAUGGUCAAUAUUUUUACCCGCUCAAUAGUCAAUGUUUGUCGUAUUGUGAAUGUUGUCCGAUAGGCCUGUUAAUUAUGUUAGGUUGUGCUAUUAACUUUUUUAUUGUCGAUUUGUAAUUGUUUUUAUCAAUUUGUUGGUAAUCGGUAUUAAUUCACUAAUAUAGUAUGUUAUUAAUUUAGUUCAUAGUAAUUUGUAAUAUUUUGAAGUGAUGUCGUCAAUCGUGCAUGAUUUGAUAAUGACCCGUCUUAUUAUUAAGCAUGUGCUAUUAUUAAUCUAUCUGCUGAAUUUACGUGUAAUAUUAUCAAUCUUAGUUUAUUGUUAACGUUUCUUCAUCCAUUGGUAAUAUUUUAAAAGUCAUGUUCAAUUUUUACUAGUGUGUCAUUAUUAAUUUGUCGAUUGAAUUAAUGUGUAGUAUUAACAAUCUUUGUUCAUUGUUAGUGAUAGGGCAAAAGCGUAUAGCUUCAAUUCCUAUCUAGUAGUAAUCCGGAAAGUCCGGGUAUCGUCUCUCAGGAACUGGUACAACCUUAAGUUCUCUCAAUUUUUGUUGAGCAAACUAUAUGUGAAAAUGUUUAAUGAGAUUACUAACUUCUAGCAAAAUUAACUAAACAAGCAAAUUAAAGUGUCGGGUUUAAUUCAAUGGAGAAAGCUCUGGGAGAAACACUGGGAUUCACUACCUAUCCUAUCCAGAUUAAUUCACACAUUCCAAUCAAUUUAAUCCACACCUCUACAGCCAGGAUAUCACGAAUGUGCUAGCUAUCCCUGUCGGGAAUUACUACGUACUAAACAAUCAAUUCAAAUCCUACUGUCGUAGCUCAAUGAAUUAACUAUAUAGUC